UAUCCGUUACUACCUUUCUUUCUCGCACAGAUGUUUGCAUCAAGCUCAGCGCUCUAUUUCCUUUCCAUUUAUAUAUAUUACUUCUGAGGGUUAACAGAGGUCUGUGUAUAUACCCUCAUCUCGCUUCAGCACGGUGCGACUUCGUGGGAACGAACAUGACGUUUAUAAAAAUAUCAGACGGGAUCUCGGUGCAAUUUUCGAGACAAUCGCGUUUCGCGAUGAUUAAUUUAAAAGCGAAAUCAGGCAUUAUGAGACCUCGGAGAUUAUUGGCGCGCAAUUACGAAAUAUUUUCCAUCUCUGACCCCGACAGCGAUAAGUAACAAGAUAAGCAAAUGAUGCUCCAUGUAGAGAAUAAUAUAGUAAUGAAACAGUUCUCUUCAGUGUACCGGUGCACGAGGCACUUCGCGAGCAUAUGUUUCGAAUAUUCAAAUGAAACAGCGUGAGUUCAUUAACGAAUCACACGGCACUCGGCAGACAAGUGACGAUCGCGUGAAAGAAAAUCUGCGAAGUCGUGCGAAGUGUGAGGACGAACGCGACGAAUGUUAAGUAACUUGAAGCAACUUGAAGUGUUGAAUACAGCGGAUAGACUUUCCCUUUCCUCGUUGCGUCGUUUUUUCUGAUUCUUGUUGCGGAAAAGAUUUCAAGUGAUGGGACACGUUACGUCGGAUCGUACGAUGCAGCAGGAGCUAACGUCUGGUGGUAGCACAACAUGGAAUCCACUAGACGUGUUCCAGGGUGGUGUAUGUUGCGAAUAUGCGGUAAUCGUGUUGAAUCGUCCCAUACACUGGCAGCACAACGUACUACUUCAAUUCUGGCAAAAAGCUCGAAUCACCGUCACUGUGGAUGGUGGAACACAGAGGUGGCUGAAGUAUCUGGAAGAACAGAGAAUAAACAUAUUGAACACUGAGCACAAGCAUUAUGCACCGAAUCUCAUCACAGGGGAUAUGGAUAGCUGUCCACCUUAUAUCAUUGAGAAGUUUGAAAGUAUAGGAUCCACUGUCAUCAAGACACCUGAUCAGAAUAAUACAGAUUAUACCAAAGCUUUGCUGGAAGUCGUACACUAUGCUAAGACGCACAACAUAAUUUUAGGUGAAAUAUACGUACUUGCGGAAACAUCAGGCAGGUUCGAUCAUAUCAUCGCCAACGUCAAUACUCUAUACAGUAGUGACAAGCUUGUGGGAAAUAUACGGGUGAUACAACUCGCAAGCAAUUCUAUGACAUGGAUAUUAAAACCUGGUAUGCAUAGUAUACAUAUACCAGAAAUUUUGAUUGAACAGAAAUCUUGGUGUGGUUUACUACCAUUUGGUUGUACCGUCAAUUGUAUAUCAACGACUGGUUUGAAAUGGAAUUUAAAUAAAACAACUAUGCAAUUCGGCGGUUUGAUAAGUACAUCAAAUACUUAUGAAGAUUCCAAAGUGACUGUGGAUACAGAUACGCCGAUAAUUUGGACCAUGGGUAUAGAAUUUCUAGGGAGAGUAUAAAUGAAGUAUUUUAAUGUUAUUCUGCUAAUGUGAUUAUAAGAUAAUAAGGCAAAUAAGUGAUGCAAAUUCAGACAUGGUUUAAGUCAAAUGCCAAAUAUUAGCUAAAGUUGAAUUUAAAAUAUUUUAUUUGAAUAACAAUAGUAAACUGAAAUAACAAUUUUUUAUUUUAAAAAUCAGUUUUAAAUAAGAGUGCUUUCCAGAAACGUGUAUAAGCGACAUCGUAACACAGUGUAUGAUACGGAUGGGCGAUACAACGCCGUUAUUUUAAAUACCGAUAUUUUUUUCCCGACAUUUUGUUUUUCGAUGUUGGUGUGUAUCGACAUUUGAACAGGAAUAUUGAAUUUCUGAUACGAUCCGUGAAGCAUGUGUUGAUGUAGUACGGAUUGAUAUUGGAUUGAAAGUUGACCAAUCAGAGUAAAAUUACUAAACUUUAAAUUAGUUUGGUGCAUUCGGGGGAGAUGCUAUUAGCGCUAUUUUUGUCUUCUUUUUUCGUCGUUUAUUAGAUAACAAUCAGAUAGAAUCAUAGAAGGAAACUUCCUUAUGGAGGGUAGUUUUCCACAUCCAGAACUUCUGAAAUGGAUGUUGAAUUCCAGAAUUCGGUUUAGAAAAAAGUAUGUUAAUUUUUACAAAUUAAAAAAAUUUUGAGUGAUGUGACAAAAAACAGUAUUUGACUAGGGUGUAUAUGUAGAAAUAUAUUUUACACGUACAACAAAAGAGAUAAAAUAUUUGUUAUUUUUA